AUGAGUUCUGUAAAACAAUAUAUUCCAAGAUCAAGUUCUUAUGCAUCAUCUCAAUCCGAUAUAAAUAUUUUAAUGCUCGGUGAAACAGGUGUUGGCAAAUCAACAUUCAUUAAUGCCUUUGCUAAUUAUAUUAUUUAUGAUACACUUAAUGAGGCAAUUAAAAAGGGUCUAACACAAGAUGUAAAAGAUUGUGAUCAUAUUCUUGCUUAUGUAAAUCAAUAUGAACAUUUAAAUAGUAUUUGUAUAUUACUUAAACCAAAUCAUGAACGAUUAACAAUUAAUUUUCGUUUUUGUUUUAAAGAAAUCUUAACACAUUUACAUAUUAAUGCUAAAGAUAAUCUUGUGUUUAUAUUUACUAAUGGACGAGGAACAUUUUAUCGACUAGGUUUUACAACUCCAGUAAUUCGAACUCUUAUUAAAGAAUUAAAUAAUACAUGGAAAAUUGAAAUUUCAUUUAAUAAAGAUAAUACAUAUAUAUUUGACAAUGGAGCAUUUCGUUUUUUAGCUACAUAUAAAAAUGGAAUAAAAUUUUCAACAGAAGAAAUUACAAAUUUUAGUAAAAGUUUGGAAAUAUCAGUGAAAGAAUUCACUCGACUUAUUGAACGUAUUCUUAAAUAUGAAUUACAUGCUGUUAGAGAUAGUUUAUCAAUAAAUGCAGCUCAACAACUUAUACGUAAAUCAACAUGA